GGCAGUAAAAUGAAAUGUCAUAAAAUAAAUAUAUAUUAGGUCAUCUCUGAUCCGCAACGCAAAGCAAUCAGCUCUUGAGACUGAUAUCUCCGCUUGGUAGCUGCGCCAUGGCCUCCACCACGCUAACCACCUCCUUCUCCCUGCUUCGGCGUUAUCGUUCAUUUCGAGGCCACGCGGUCGCCAAAUCCCUCCCAAAUCUGUCCUUCGCCCGUCUCCCCGGCCAAUCGCCCGCCCUUCUUCGCUCUUGCAGGUUUAUUUGCCGUAAUGCUGAUGAAGAGGCUGCCGCCAUAGCGGCCGCAAAGGUUGCAGGUAGUGGAGCUCCCACCAUAUUUGAUAAGAUAAUAGCAAAGGAGAUUCCUUCAACAAUCGUGUAUGAAGACGAGAAAGUAUUGGCAUUCCGUGAUGUUAAUCCUCAAGCACCAGUCCACGUUCUGGUAAUACCAAAGAUAAAGGAUGGAUUGACCCAACUUGGAAAGGCUGAACCAAGGCAUGCUGAGAUAUUGGGUCAUCUUCUUUAUGCUGCGAAGGUAGUGGCUGAGAAGGAAGGCAUCGUAGAUGGUUUCCGCGUUGUUAUUAACAGUGGUCCUCAAGCAUGUCAAUCAGUCUAUCAUCUACACCUGCAUGUGCUCGGUGGAAGACAACUCAAAUGGCCUCCUGGAUAACUGUUAUAUCGGCCACCUUGUUCAUCAUAUAUCUUAGAGGCAUGCUAUUUGGACCUUUUUGUUACUCUUUUCACAGUAUUUUUAUUGCCAGUAUCAUCAAAAUUUAGGCAAGCCACUGCGAGAACAUUGUUCUGUUGCUGUCAAAGAGAGAUCAUGUACCAAUUAGUUUCUCUGUUUACUUUCCUGGAUGAUAAACUAUGUUCCAUGAAAGUGUUUGCUACUAUGCUUGUCUAAAUGGUUUGUGAUCACUUCAUGAUAUUCUCAAUAAACUAUUCAUUUAGCAAAUA